AUCGCACACGGAGCCGAUACCCUUCGCAGGGAAACAAUAGUGUUGACUGCGUUCGCGACAUAAAGAAUCCAUCAAAGAGCCUCGAACGGAAAACGCGUAUCGGGUCGACGUAACCUCGAAACAGAUCGACUGCUGCAAUUCGCUUCGACUGAUCGGCUCAAAACAUACGUUCAUGCUGGAUUCCAUGGUUUCACCCUUCGCGUGAUACACGGAUAAAGCCGUCCGAGAGAUGUUUUCUCGCGAGAUCGCCAGUCAAGCUCUCUCGCUCGCGUUACGUUUGUAGUUUGUUCAGACAAGUGACUUUUUGCACGGAUCUUCGUUGAUCAAGCGUUUUUCUUGGGUGUCGUUAGGAACAAUCAGUGAUAGUGCAUCCGUCGCUUGUCAUGAUGUUCUCGUGGUUGUGGAAAGUGCGAGAAAAGUGAGAGGUAGUGUGCUUAAACUCCAUCAAGUGCGCCGCAUACACGCAUUCGCGUAUACACGACACGAGCAGAGGGAUGAUGAUGCUACUAUCAGGAGGGAAGAACCGAAUACAGCUUCCUUGAUCCACGAAUAUUCGCCGCGAAGCACCCUCGUUCUUGGCCCAGCUUAAACACCGGAUACAAGGCAGAGUGAUAUGUUAACCGAAGACAAUGAUCCGACGAAACCAGCAGGCGUUUUAGACAAUGCUGGCAACGUGUCUUCGUCGACAGAUGCCUCGGUACAGCACCCUCGAGCCGCAAACAAUGAGACGGAAGUCAAGAACGAGGUGCAAGAUUGUCCCGAAAACGACAGCGUGCCCAGCGGGGAAUUGUACAUCGAUGAGAAUGCAGAGGAAAAGGAGCAAGAGUAUCCGGAUUCUAUGGAAAAGGCGGACUACAGUUCGUUGUACGGAGCCAAUCAAUAUUAUAACAGUUUAUACAACUCACCUCCCUACGGAUCAACCACAGCCGGGAAGAACACUUCAGGCUUGCAAAGUUCUUACCUGACCUCGUACACGACGCCAAGCUCUAUGAGUCAAUAUUCGUCUUACGCCACCUACAACAGUGGCACCACAAAUUUUCCCAACGUGGCUCAAAAUAUAUCACCGUCUUCGCAGAAGCUAGAUUACAGCGCCUACGGUAGCAGUUUGUACGGAAAUGACAGGGUACCAUUACAGUAUUCCGGAUAUUACCCCAUGCACGGUUACCACGCGGCACCUGCCUCCUUUAACAUUGGAAAUCUAAAUUUUGCCGAUUCGACAAAGUCUGCACUUACAUUGGACGCAACAACUCACGAUGCCAGCGAUCUUACCGCACGAGAAACCGCAAACAUCGAAGGUAACACGAUUCGAGCUACAGCGAAACCUUGCAGACGCGGAAGACGUCAGAGCGGAAGUGGAAAUAGUAUAGGUUCUGCGGAUACAACAGAAGCCGGUCCUGACCGGAUAUUCAUCUGGGACUUGGAUGAAACCAUAGUUGUAUUUUAUUCAUUACUCAGUGGACAAUUUGCACUGAAGCACCGGAAGGAUCCAGCUCCUCUGGCUCAAGUAGCGUACAGAAUGGAAGAAAUGAUAUUCAAUUUGGCCGAUACUCAUUUCUUUUUCAAUGAUGUCGAGGACUGUGACCAAGUACACAUCGAUGAUGUCUCGUCAGAUGAUAACGGACAGGACUUAUCUUCUUACAAUUUCGCUAACGAUGGUUUCCAAUGUGCAUCUGCGAAUAAUGGUAUAUGUUUGGCAUCUGGUGUCAGAGGUGGUGUUGACUGGAUGCGAAAAUUAGCCUUUCGUUACCGAAAGAUUAAAGAAAUUUAUAAUAAUUACCGAAACAACGUCGGCGGUUUGCUCGGCGCUGCGAAACAGGAACAAUGGUUGCAAUUGCGUUCAGAGAUUGAAGUCUUAACUGACAAUUGGUUAACGUCCGCUGUUAAAUGUUUGAGUCUCAUAAAUAAAAGAAGUGACUGCAUUAACAUUUUGGUCACUACCACGCAAUUAGUACCGGCUCUGUCAAAAGUACUGCUGUUCGGGAUUGGUGGAAUAUUUCCAAUUGAAAAUAUUUAUUCUGCUUCGAAAAUUGGAAAAGAAAGCUGCUUUGGAAGGGUGAUCGCCCGAUUUGGUCGGAGAUGCACAUAUGUAGUGAUAGGCGAUGAUUCUGAUGAAGAAACAGCAGCACGUGCCCACAAUUUUCCAUUUUGGAGAAUAAACAGUCAUUCGGACACACAAUCUUUAUACAACGCCUUAGAAAUGGGAUUUCUUUAAACAGGAUAACAAUGGGAUAGAUUUGGGGG